CCUGGUUCACCCGAUCUUAAGCCUUGCAGCAGGAGGACUUCCAUCUCGCCCUCCUGGCUUUGAUAUUCACUGUAUAUCAGAUCAGAAGCAGCGAAGGGAGGGAGGAUGCGAGAUGACCGGCCCUUUGGCAACUUGAUCAUCUCCUUAGUGGAACCUUCGAAGCCAGCCGAGGGUUGACUGCAAGACCAAGGAGGCACCGCGCCCCUCGUGGAUGUGUGUGUGUGUGUUGUGUGUGUGUGUGUGUGUGUGUGUGAGAAGGGUGAGCGGGUGUGAGUGAAUGAGGGUGUGUGUGUAUGUGUGAGUGUGCAUCAGGGUUGUGUGUGUGUGUCCGGAUGAGUGAGUGAGUGCACGCGUGAGUGUGUGUGUGUGUGUGUGUGUGUGUGUGUGUGUGUGUGUGUCUUUUCUUGGUUAUUAUUUUUAUGGAAGAAAAAUCUUGAAAAUCUGGGGCAAGGUCCUGUGCUCCUCGGUUGGUGGUUCUUUUGCAAGAGGCGCUGACCAGACCAAGCUACAACAGACAUUUUUCAGCAAGUAAAGAGCAUUUUCCUCCCAGAGAGAUUUUCCUCUUGUUCUACAGCCUAGUAAAAGAGAUUAGUCCCUAAACCUGUGAAAUCAGCCAGAGCCGUGUGAUUACCAGGGUUUCAGAGAGGACUGGGGAAGAAGAGGAGAAAUAAAUUAAACAGCCUGUCAGUGCCUUUGGCCACAUUGGAAGAUGUCAUCUCAAACUAAGUUCAAGAAAGACAAAGAGAUCAUUGCCGAAUAUGAAGCCCAAAUAAAAGAGAUCCGCACGCAGCUGGUAGAGCAGUUCAAAUGCUUGGAGCAGCAGUCUGAGUCGCGGCUGCAGCUGCUACAGGACCUCCAGGAGUUCUUCCGCCGGAAAGCAGAGAUUGAGUUGGAGUACUCCCGCAGCCUGGAGAAGCUGGCUGAGCGGUUCUCCUCCAAGAUCCGCAGCUCCCGGGAGCACCAGUUCAAGAAGGACCAGUACCUCCUCUCACCCGUGAACUGUUGGUAUCUGGUCCUGCAUCAGACCAGGCGGGAGAGUCGAGACCAUGCCACCCUCAAUGACAUCUUCAUGAAUAAUGUCAUCGUCCGCCUCUCACAGAUCAGUGAGGAUGUCAUCAGACUCUUCAAAAAGAGCAAGGAGAUUGGCCUGCAGAUGCAUGAGGAGCUCCUGAAGGUCACCAAUGAGCUUUACACAGUCAUGAAAACAUACCACAUGUACCAUGCAGAGAGCAUCAGUGCGGAAAGCAAGCUGAAGGAGGCUGAGAAGCAGGAGGAGAAGCAGUUCAACAAGUCGGGAGACCUCAGCAUGAACCUGCUCCGGCACGAGGACCGGCCCCAGCGCCGCAGCUCCGUGAAGAAGAUUGAGAAGAUGAAGGAAAAGAGGCAGGCAAAGUAUUCUGAGAACAAGCUGAAAUGCACCAAGGCCCGGAAUGACUACUUGCUGAACCUGGCAGCCACCAAUGCAGCUAUAAGCAAAUACUACAUCCAUGAUGUCUCCGACUUAAUCGAUUGCUGUGACUUGGGCUUCCACGCCAGCCUGGCCCGCACCUUCCGGACCUACCUCUCAGCCGAGUACAACCUGGAGACCUCUCGCCAUGAAGGGCUGGAUGUCAUUGAAAACGCAGUGGACAACCUGGAUUCCCGAAGUGACAAGCAUACAGUCAUGGAUAUGUGCAACCAGGUCUUCUGUCCUCCACUCAAAUUUGAGUUCCAGCCCCACAUGGGGGAUGAGGUGUGCCAGGUCAGCGCUCAGCAGCCAGUCCAGACAGAAUUGCUCAUGAGGUACCACCAGCUGCAGUCCAGACUGGCCACUCUGAAGAUAGAGAAUGAGGAGGUUAGGAAAACCCUGGAUGCCACCAUGCAGACCUUGCAGGACAUGCUGACCGUGGAGGACUUCGAUGUGUCCGACGCUUUCCAACACAGUCGAUCUACAGAGUCUGUAAAGUCAGCUGCCUCUGAGACCUACAUGAGCAAGGUCAACAUUGCCAAAAGGAGAGCCAACCAGCAGGAAACAGAAAUGUUUUAUUUCACAAAAUUUAAAGAAUAUGUGAACGGCAGUAACCUCAUCACUAAGCUGCAGGCCAAGCAUGACUUACUCAAGCAGACCCUGGGCGAAGGGGAGAGAGCAGAAUGUGGCACAACCAGCAGAAGAGAUGGAAGGCUUAGGCUGCCCCACUUUCCUUGGCUGAGCUGCCCCCCCGCUCCCCACUUUGUGCCCCACCCAGCACUUCAAGGAAGAAGAAAUGCUCGAACCAGGAACCAGGACUCAGGACAAGCUAUACCGCUUGUAGUCGAGAGCUGCAUCCGAUACAUCAAUUUAUAUGGACUCCAGCAGCAAGGGAUCUUCAGAGUGCCAGGAUCUCAGGUCGAAGUCAACGACAUCAAAAAUUCCUUUGAGAGAGGCGAAGAUCCCCUUGUGGAUGAUCAAAACGAACGCGAUAUCAAUUCAGUCGCUGGUGUUUUAAAACUGUAUUUCCGAGGACUGGAAAACCCACUCUUUCCUAAGGAAAGGUUUCAAGAUUUGAUAUCUACAAUUAAACUGGAGAACCCAGCUGAGAGGGUGCACCAGAUCCAGCAAAUCCUCAUCACCCUCCCCCGUGUGGUCAUCGUGGUCAUGAGAUACCUCUUCGCUUUCCUCAACCACCUCUCGCAGUACAGUGACGAGAACAUGAUGGACCCCUACAACCUGGCCAUAUGCUUCGGGCCCACCCUCAUGCACAUUCCUGACGGGCAGGACCCCGUGUCCUGCCAGGCACACGUCAAUGAAGUCAUCAAAACCAUCAUCAUCCAUCAUGAAGCCAUCUUUCCCAGUCCCCGCGAGCUAGAGGGACCUGUGUAUGAAAAAUGCAUGGCAGGAGGGGAAGAAUAUUGUGACAGCCCACACAGCGAGCCAGGGACCAUCGAUGAAGUUGACCACGACAAUGGCACUGAGCCUCACACCAGUGACGAAGAAGUGGAGCAGAUUGAGGCCAUCGCCAAGUUUGACUAUGUGGGGCGGUCCCCACGUGAGCUGUCCUUCAAGAAGGGGGCCUCCCUGCUACUCUAUCACCGCGCCUCAGAGGACUGGUGGGAAGGCCGUCACAACGGCGUAGACGGACUCAUCCCACAUCAGUACAUUGUCGUACAGGACAUGGAUGAUGCCUUCUCGGACAGCCUGAGUCAAAAGGCUGACAGCGAAGCCAGCAGUGGGCCUCUGCUGGAUGACAAGGCCUCCUCCAAAAACGACCUCCAGUCCCCCACAGAGCACAUCUCGGAUUACGGCUUUGGGGGGGUGAUGGGACGAGUGCGGUUACGAUCCGAUGGAGCAGCCAUCCCCAGGCGCCGAAGCGGGGGCGACACACACAGCCCACCCCGGGGCCUGGGCCCCAGCAUAGACACGCCGCCCCGGGCUGCCGCCUGCCCCAGCAGCCCCCACAAAAUCCCCCUCACCCGGGGGAGGAUCGAGAGCCCUGAGAAGCGGAGGAUGGCGACGUUUGGGAGCGCUGGCAGCAUCAACUACCCCGACAAGAAGGCGCUCUCCGAAGGGCUCUCCAUGAGGUCGACAUGUGGCUCCACCAGGCACAGCAGCCUGGGGGACCACAAGUCCCUGGAGGCUGAGGCCCUGGCAGAAGACAUCGAGAAGACCAUGAGCACGGCUCUGCACGAGCUGCGGGAGCUCGAGAGGCAGAACACGGUCAAGCAGGCUCCGGACGUAGUGCUGGACACGCUGGAGCCCCUGAAGAACCCGCCAGGCCCCGUCAGCUCGGAGCCCGCCAGUCCUCUGCACACCAUCGUCAUCCGCGACCCAGACGCCGCCAUGCGCCGCAGCAGCAGCUCCUCCACCGAGAUGAUGACCACCUUCAAGCCGGCCCUAUCGGCCCGCCUGGCCGGCGCCCAGCUGCGCCCGCCCCCAGUGCGGCCCGCGCGGCCGGCGCUGCAGCACCGCUCCAGCAGCAGCAGCAGCUCGGGCGUGGGCAGCCCGGCCGUGACGCCCACCGAGAAGGGCUUCGGCGGCCCAGCGGACAGGUCGGGUACCAUGUGACCCGCAGCGGGGGCGGGCGGCCGCGGAGCCUCCCGGGAGGCGGCCUGGGCGCCGAGCCGCGCAGGCGCUCGCAGCCGCCGGCGUUCGGGGAGCCCCGCCCACCGGGCGUGCGAACGGCCCGAGGGCUGCGGGGCAGGCGCUGUCCCGGCGGGAACGUUUCCUAAGCGCGGGGCCCGACGUCCGACGGCUUCGCCUGCACAUCGUCACUGGAAAAUCUCUCUGCAUUCUCUGCAUACAUAAAUAUGUGUGUACGAUAUGUGUGCAUAUAUACACAUAUAUAUGUAUGUAUGUGUCUUAGGUGUGUGUAUAUAUAUAUAUAUUUAUGCAUCUAUAUACAUAUACUAGAUCUGGACACACAUACUAAAUGUAUAUAGGAUCUCCUUUUUCUUUUUAUGAAACUUAGAUUUACCUCAGACCCAUGCCACCAAACAUCUCCCACUGAGUUAUUUGGUGGGAUUUGCAGGGACUUUUCUGGGAGAAUUGAGAGGCCCACAGUAACUGCGAAUGAAGCAAUAUACCACUAACCUGCAGAAAAACAAAGUCUCCCACUGUCUCCAGAAGUCGUGGCCUUCCAAAACAGUCUGCCCCUAAAGGAAGGGUGGGGCAGGCAGUACCCCAAGCAGGCUGCUCCUAGAGGUGGGGAACCCUUCACAGAACCCCCUUGCCCCCCAUCUACCCGAGACCCUGCCUUUCCAUCCAGAGGCCAAGGGCCAACUGUAUCCCUGAAGGCAUGGGAGGAUGUUGGUGAGAAGACUCCUGACCACAGCAUCCUUGUAUUUGUAUGUAGAAAAGGGGGAUAGUGAGAAUUUAAAGCCCAUCAUAGCACAGUAUUGUGUGUGGUUGGGAAAAAGGAAACAAAACAGUGGUGUGGAACCCUUCAAAAUCUAGAAGAGCUGUAGGAAUAAAUCUGUGGUAACUAUAGAGGUUUAACUUACACCGUUUUCAAAAUAUUUAAUUAUUUCUUUUCCUCUUUCUACUAAUUAUACUGUGUCAGAUUUGGGACUAAACAGGCAAGGAGGCUUUGAGUCACAUCAUUUUAAUUUAAAAUCAGGCCGUGAUGCACUCUGGCUGGUGCACUCUUGCAUGAAGCGCAUGAGCCAUAAUUGCCCAGCUCAGACCUGGGGCCAAGGAGGGGCAGCCCUUGGCACUUUCUGCCCUAGGGAAUGCUUUAGAUGAGUUUAUGCAAGUGAAAAUGCUUUCCCCUCUCCCUUCCUUUGGCUUUCCCCUGCCGCCCCCAGAACAUCUGAUGUAAGUGGAAAUACAGCGAUAGAACUGGGGUGUAUGAUCUUCAAGUGUUAUGAGCCAGGCUUCUGCCUUUUGGUUGGGAAAAGGCCUGGAUCAUGGUCAUUCAGUUCCACUUUACUUCCUCUUUUGAUCUCUUCAUUUUCCAGAGAUGAGCUGUUUCUGGAUAAUGGAACAUAGGCAAAUCAGAUCCUAUUGGGACCCCUUUUCCUCACUUCCCUCAUGCCAAGCCAAGACUUUCCUCCCUAUUGUUUUUAAGCUUCAUGUUUUCUCUCUCUCGAGGCCUGAGUGUGUCCCCCUGGGUCAAACGUCCUGUGUUUGAGUCCAGCCCCCACUACUUACUUACUCCACCUCAUUGAGCCUGAGUUUCCUGCUCCAUAAAAUGAAGAUGAUAAAAAUAAAAAGUCAAUGAGCAAGCUGUGUAAACUGGGAAGUAUUUUGCCAACACAAUUGCUCUUUUUAUUAUCAUUAGUAAGGUAAGUCUCUUAGAUCAAAAACCAUCCAAGACCUUGUUUUUUAAACCUAAUGGCAUUUGAGAAGUGGACACUGGAAUGUUCCUGCCAGCUUCAUGAAAGCCCUGAAGCCCAGCCCGACAGAAAGAUGAGCUACUGAUGCUUGAAAUUCCAUCGUGACCAUUUCACCCCAUCGGAUUAAGCUUUGCCCUCUCCUCCGGUCCUCCAAAAAAGGCAAAUUCUUCCCUGAGGGAGGGACCUGUUAGGUUACUAAUACCUGGGUGUGUAGGAGUGUAAGCCGCCCUGCCUUGUCUGAACCACUGGGCUUGAGAGCACGCAGUGGAAGGAAGAAUCAACAGAGGGCGCCAAGAGAAUGCCAGGGAAGGGCCAGCAGCAAGCUUGACCUUCCUUGUUUGGCCUGUAAUGAACUGUUCUCUUUCAGCUCCUGGAAAGGACGAGCUAAGAGCCCUCUGCCUCUGAGCACACAAAGACAUCCCCAGUUACAGCCUGGGAAAGAAAGCAAGGCCUUAGUAUGUGCUGUGACUUGCCCGAGAUUUGAUAGAUAGCCAAGAGCUGUCCCAGGCUCAUAAAGUCACUUAUCUGCAGGGAUGCUAUACUGUCCAGCCAAGACACAAGACUUCUCGUUUCAACCCAAGAUACUCCCACACCUGAAAUGCAGUAGCUGCCCACACAAAAUUUAACAUUCUCUUCCCUGACUACCAGCUAAAAAGUAGGAAUUUGAGUUGCUAGAUCUGUUGCCUGCCUGUUCUACAUAAUACCCGUCAGAUCAUGCGGAUUUCCCUCUGAAUUGACUAAAGUUCAUUUUUCCUUACUGAAAACGGAUCUGCCUUUCACCAGAUUACCUAAAGGCAGGGAUGUUUCCUUCAAGCACCUAUGUUUCCACUGGGAAAUGGCAGAUAUAUUCACAUUUAGGGAAGUUCACACUCCACUCAUCCAGCCCCAGAGCUGAGCCUUGACACAGAGCCAAAUGGUAAAAUACUUUCUUGCCCCCACCCCACUGGCAACGUCUUCAUCUGACACUGCAUGUCUCCACCACCUCCACACGCUCCCAGGCCCAUCCAGUCCCUGAGCAUUGGCUUCCUCUUCUGACUCCUGCCUGUGCUAGUCCACUGUGUAUUGCUGUAUUUGCUUAAAUGCUGGAAAGUAACUGUUAAAAUGUGAAACUGUAAUUUUUAAAAGGCUACAGUUAAAUUAUAGCCAAUACCACUCACCAAAUCUUUGCACCUAGUAGAUAGAUUCAUGUAAAAAACAAAUACCAGAAACCUAACUGUACAGUGAGUGUGGGGAAAUGUAGUGACCUAGUUAGUAAUCCUCAAUAUAACCAAUCGUACAAGGGGAAGUGGUGUUUACCUACUUGUCCAUCACCAUUACUGAGAGCUGUACUGAUCAGUUCAUUGAUAACGGGCAUUUUUAUUUUUUAUUAUUAUUUUUAUUUUUUGCUUCACAGAAACCUUCGACUUACCCUGAGGUCAAGACUUUUGUCUUUAUGUAUAACCGAUUCAGUCUAUUUUAGGAAUGAACCAGCAAGAUGUUCAUUUAAAACUGACCAAAGACAAUUCAUUCCUGGUCUAGUUUCCUGGGCCCUGGGGCCCAGCUGCCGCUAAAGACCUUUUUCGGGUAAAAUUGAGAACAAGCUGUGCUUCCUACCCAACUCUCCCUCGCUCCCCUUAUUACCCUUUCCUCUCAAAGAGCUGCUCUGAGCUGUGGGAUUCUAUGAAAAAUUCUUGCCUUUCCUUGUUUUCAGUGCUAACGAUUUUCUCACCUUGAAGCGCCUUUUGAACCCCGGACAGAGCACACAAUUGGAGGGAAUUUUAAGCUUGGGAAUUAGACUUGGGAGUCAUUUCUCUGAGGUCACCAGGCCAAGGGGCAGGAGAGAAGUGGAUUCCCAAAGGAUGAAAUCUGAGUAGGAAGAGACACAGGAAAAUGGAGCCACCCUUUGGCUACUGGCUGGAACCAGCAGUUCAGAGAUCUGCCUUAUAAACCUUUCGGAACUGGUCUGUAGUGCACAGAGGGGAGCCAGUGUGGGGAAUGGCCUUUACAUGGGGCUUUCUUCGCUGCUGGGGUCCCCUGGAGUGCCUUUCAGGUAUAUUUCUUUCUCAUUGAGGAGACAUGGAUGCUGAGGACUUCCUGUGACCCAGCCGUGACAUGGCACCAGUGCACAUACAUGGCUGAUGGAAAAUCCCAAGGACUAAUGCAAUGGUUCUUCCUCUUGGUGUUUCUAUUCUUAACUUUUCACACAUCCAGAUGGUUCCACACUAGAGCAAAUGCCUCAUUCUCCCGAGAAACCCAGAAAGAAGAAUGGCUGACCCACAACCACAGUGGGGGACCCUGUUGGGCUUGGGAGGACGGGCGGGGAGGAAAAGGCGGGAAGGGGGUGAGUGGAGGUGUUGCUUAGCUGAUUUUCUGCCAUGCAGAGCUGAUGCUGACGUUUCAUGUCAACUUCCCUGGUUCUCUGGGGCCUCCUCUCUUUUGAGCAGACUUGUAGAGAAUUCCCCACAUACCAAAGGCUGCGCAAGGGGAGCUGAGAGAAGUCAGGUUGGAGUCCUGGCCUCUCUCGAGGUUGAUCUGCCAGUGUUCCGCUGUCCCAUCCUCUGGGACUGGCCGAAUGGCCAUCUCUGCUCCUUGCCGACACCUCCUUUCUGUGUGAACUGUCCCAGGCAAGUAACAAAGCUGUUCCUUGAACCAGAACAAGGGUGCACUUUGCCUUCCUUACGCGGAAGUAGAUUCUGGCUAGAGAUUCUGCUCAGGCUCCAGUUCCUGGCAGUGUGACUGUUUACUUGGUUUGGCAAUAGAUUUGGUUCUGAGUGCUUCAGAGUGGCUGGUCUCUUUUGUUUCUUUUGGUUUCCCUCCUCCCCAAACUGUCAGGAAAAAACAAACUGAAACGACCCUAGGAAACUGCUGGUUGUCUGUCCCAUGUGAUGAUAAGUGUUGCCCUAUUCCAGAUAUUGUUUUUCUACCUUAGAACCAAACGCCCGUCCCAUAGAGUGUCUGACUGGAUCCUCUGUUGCGUAUUCUGAUGGUGCCUGCUGGUUUGAUGUGGAGCUAUCCUGUGAAAUAAAACAGCUUAACUUUUCUCAAA